AUGGAGCCCUGGCGCCCCAGCCCAAGAAACCCAAUGGACAGGAUAGAUCCUAACACCUUCCGUUUCCACUUUCCAAACCUGCUCUAUGCUUCUGGGCGGAAACUCUGUUAUCUCUGCUUCCAAGUGGAGACAGAAGACUACUUCUCGUGUGAUGACAGCGACCGGGGAGUUUUUCGGAACAAGGUCCAUCCCUGGGCUCGAUGCCAUGCAGAACAGUGCUUCCUCUCUUGGUUCCGUGACCAGUAUCCAUACCGUGAUGAAUACUACAAUGUCACCUGGUUCUUAUCCUGGAGCCCCUGCCCCACCUGUGCAGAGGAGGUGGUUGAGUUCCUGGAGGAGUACAGAAACUUGACGCUGAGCAUCUUCACCUCCCGCCUCUACUACUUCUGGGACCCAAAUUACCAGGAGGGGCUUUGCAAGCUAUGGGACGCAGGGGUCCAGCUGGACAUCAUGUCCUGUGAUGAUUUUAAACACUGUUGGGACAACUUUGUGGACCACAAGGGAAUGCGCUUCCAGAGACGGAAUCUGUUAAAAGAUUAUGAUUUCCUGGCUGCAGAGCUUCAAGAAAUCCUUAGGUGA